AGAGGGCCGGUCUGCUGAGCGUUUCCGGAGGAGGCGGAUAAUAAUCCCAACCUUCCCAUUCCUAAUGCGAGCACGAAGGUAUUGCCUCCAACUCGCCUCAAAGGGAACCGCUUUUCGGAAUGCAAUUCAACUUAAGACCAAGAUAUUGAAAUUGUUCGUUGGUCCUUGUCGAGAUGUACAUUAUUGUGCCUCGGUUUCUUUAUUGUGUGAAUUAGCAAAAAAAAAAAAAAAAAAAAAAUUCAUUCCAACCUCUCGCGUAUAAUGUGACAGCUGUCGCUGCGUAUGUUCCAUUUCCAUUUUGUGGGGGGAGAACUAUCACCUGUAUUCCGUUGAGGCUCCAUGGCGACAUUUUAUUUCGCUCUCGCGAUCACCGCGGCGGCGUUUUGGAGAGUCCAAGGUGAGCCCCGAACUCUGUCUUCCUCUCCCUCCUCGCCGUCGAACACGACCUCGUCAGCCGUCAACCUCCGCAAUGACAACAGCACCCAGGCGGCCGUCGGAUCCCCAACUUCGACCCUCAUGACGUAUCUGCCCACGCUCAAAGUCAUGGUGAUUUUCACCUGCGUGUUGACAGGCGCUCUCAUCACCUGCCUGCUCGCCAAAGUGGUCAGAUCUGGGAGGAGAAUCAGAAAAACCCGGAAGUACGACAUCAUCACGACGCCCGCCGAGCGAGUCGAGAUGGCCCCCCUCAACGACGACAAUGACGACGAGGACGACUCCACUCUAUUUGACGUCAAUUACCGGUUUGCUCUUUAAACGGGAGCUCUUGGUUUACACUACAUCAGCCGUAUGGCCGAAUAUAGUCAGGAUAAUACCUUGCAUAAAUAGAACGUCUAACGCUGACACACCGAGUGACGCGACCGAACGCCACUGAACUGUUGCGGGGUUCUGCAACUAGUUUUCACGAGUGGCUGACUGUCGGCAACUCGUUUUGCUGCGAUUCGAACUUUGAAUCGCACGUGAACAGCAUCGCGAGGUCACGAAUGUAACGCCCAAUCAAAAAUGCCAUGUUGUAUCGCAUAAGCUUUCACUGCAAAAAUAUUGUUUCGGGUGCCAAGCCAGAACCAGCCGGCCGCUGUACCAAAACACUAACUACAGCACAGUAUAUAUAUUGUCUUACAAUAAUACUUCACUAUAUUCAUAAUUUCAUAUGUAUCUGUGGCUAAAAAGCAAAGUGUGGAGAGUCUCUGUCACAUAAAUGCCCAAGUGCUGUCAAUGAAUGGAACUACCAUUGCCAGCAACCUCUCAAGUAUCCCCACCCUCUCUUUUAUUUCUCGGCCGUUUCUACUAUUACUAAAUAACGGCUACAGCGGCCUUUGCAAUUCAAUUGUUCCUUGACAAUCGCGCCAUGUGGUUUGUGGUUCAAUACAAAUAUAGUACAGUCCAUUUUAUGUGGUGCCUCAAAACAUUGUUUCCUGAUAAGAACACCAGGGGUCGCAGGUUUUCCAUUGCAGCAAGUUGGCGUGCGUGCGAGGGUCAAUUGCCUGGCAUGCGGGUGUGAGUCGCAGACUGAAUUUUUUUUUCGCGAUUGGCCAGUUCGGACACGCUCGGCGUGCCUUAAACGCCACACUAUCACAGCGGGUAACAUCGCUUAUACAACUUGUAAAAGAAUAUGCUGGUUAAAAAAAAAAGCCUUUUAGUCUAGCUCCCAUUGACCGAAUUUGUAAUUUAUUCAACAUUAGUCAUCCCUACGGGGUUAUCAGAGGCAUUUUAAUAAGAGAAGAUUUCAACCUUGGUUCGGCAAAGUAGAAAACGCCCUUCAGUGGAUGUUGUCACACGCACCGAAAAUAUGCAACUUGGAUCCACGCAAACAAACUAUGGUUGUAGAGAAGCAGUUCAGAUGUGAUGUUGACACAAGGCUUCCCCCUUCCGUCCUCUCAAUUGUCCCACGCGUGGGCGCUUCCUCAAGGGAAGAUACGGCGUCCUGUUUACCUGCCGUUCCUGUCUAACCCGGUUGGCUAUCAGACGGCGAGUAAAUCCUCAAGUGACGCACUUCUCUGCUUUCUCGUAGGUAAAUUCACCACGGAGUAAUCUUUGACAACGUUGUUUCCCUCUGGAUCGACUCAUGUGACGUCUCGUGUUUUGUCUCCGACGACUCUUACCGGUGACUUGUUGAAUCGUUUCGCUGCACUUCAUAGGGAAAGAACAUGUUGUUGUUGAUCUGCAUUUAUCAUACACACACUGUGAUACAAGCUUUGCCAUAUCUUUGAUCGAGAGCCGCUGGAAGCUAUGCGCGAAACACUAUCAACAAUUUGUACACGCAUUUUCUACUUGACUUCCAUGCCAAAUAUGUCUACUAACCAGUCUUUUUGUGCACAUAAGGCUCACUGUUAUUAACUCAUUCAGUGCCAGCCCUCCCAGUUAACAUGGAUAUUUGACUUCUAAAGCAGUCAGUGGCACUGAAUGUGUUAAAGAUUGGGUAAGCCUCUCUAUUUGUUUUUAUUACUGUACAUGUGAUCUUUCUAAUUUACUGCUGCUUUAGCUUACAUAUCUGAAUAAUAAAAUUGCUAUAUUUUGUACUGUAUAUCUGUUUAUGUAUGUCAAAUAUGUUAUUCAGCCAAUUUAGCGGUUCCAUAAUUAAGGAAGUUAUGACCAUAUCAAGGCCCCGUGUCUUUAGUAUUUUGAGUUCAAACACUAAAAAUGUGAUUAAAUCGUUGCAAAGAGUGGUCGGUGUAAGUGUUACGUGUAUGAAUUGAGAGGUAUAAACCAUAUUGUGUUCAAGCAAAUUCAUUCAAAUACAUGAAACUUUCAUAAUGGGUUUUUCCUCAUCUAUAUAAGACAGAUUUAAGGAACUUUUCACUUUAGAAUACAAGCUGUAAACAGUGUGGCAUUGUUUGCCUAAUAGCAUAAUUGCCUAAGUUAUUUUUAACUUAUUUUCACAAUAUCAAUAAAAAAAUCCGUAGGUACUUAGAAAAGAAAUGAUUUCUUCUUUAUGUCUGUGUGGAUUGUCAUUCAUCCAGGUCACGGUGAUCCGAAAAGGUUGAAUCGAGGCAACUAGACAUUUCUUGUUUGUUGAAUUUGUUGUUUAUUUUUUUACAUGUAUAUUUUUAAGAAAACAUUCAAAUAUGACUUCGGCAACUAUACUAUUCAGCUAACAAUGUUUUCUUAAUCUGUAUAAGAAGUGAGUGAAAGCAAAAAUUAAGGUUUAAAAACAUAAUUCCCUUCUAACUUCAGUUUAGUGAACGUGUUCCCCAAAAUGUUUCUGAUUGAUAAUGAUAAUUGAUUAAAAAAAAAAAAAACAAUGUGAAACACAGCUGCUUUCUUACUCUUUUGAAGUACAGACAUUCACAUGUCGGCUCUGAAAAGAUCAUUUUAAUAACUGACCUUCUAUUUUAUUCACAUUGACCCCAAACAGUUUUUGUUCUAUUAAGCUAUUUCUUUUCUUGAGAAGCUAUAGUUUUAUCAAAUUCAAAAUGCUUUAGUGGACAUUUAUUGUCUGUUUUUUAACAUACAAAUAGGAGUGCAGGGUUGAAUGUCUGACAAAGUUUAUAAAUGUUUUAUAUUGUGUUUACUGUUGAUGGGUUUUCAUACACAACCACUAUUCAUUCCAGCAUUGUGUCAUAGUCAAAUCUAUAUCUGAAUGUACAGUAAACGUGAAGUGGAUUUGCUCAAUGAUGCCACGUUCUCUCUAAAACUGGGAGAGGGAACCCCCCCCCACCUCCCAAAAAAAAAACUGUUCAUCCAAUGAAUCUAUUCUGGGAUUUCAUCUGAACAGAAUCGUUUGCUACCUUUAAUACUUCUUGUAAAACUAUUUGUUAUGAUGUGAUCUUUUUGAAGAGUGCAGCAAAUUUCGUUAAGCCUUUUAAUUGAGUUUUAAGGCAUCCCUGCUCUGUUUCCAAAAGAGGAUUUGAAGUGUCGCCACAAUGGCCUCCUGUUUCCAUGUCUGUGAAAUAAAAACACCCUUUUAAAUGUC